AACCUAUGAACGUUUGAACUCCAGAAUUUUGUCUGACACAGUGCAUCGGAUUUUUAAUACACGCAGAUACGCAUGUCGGCGUCUAUCUCGUACACCGAACUGACACUGGUGCACGCUGGCAGCGUAUCCUCCCGAAUCUGCAGUUUGGCUUUGUAUUAUUUUGAUUUCUACGACUUUGUUACACGCAAAAUGUCCUUGACCGUGACAAUCUUCGUUCUUGUUUUUGUGACCGAACUCAUCUCAUGGACCGGGAAAUCCUUCUUGCUCGAGCUUGUAUACGCGCUGUACUUGCGACUAUUCUACUCUGCUAAAGUGGCAGAACAACGGAAGCUGAAGUCGGAGAUACUCACCACGAAGAAGGAACUUCUGCAAACCAGUGCGCAGGACCAUUUCGCGAAGUGGGCGAAGUUGAGGCGUAGUGUGGAUAAGGGGCUCUCGGACUUGGAGAAGCUUAACAGCGAGCUUGCAAGCACCAGGACAGGAUUCUCACUUAAGUUCAAUUCUACCAUCUGGAUAAGCACGACUGGACUACAAUUCAUCGUUGGCUGGUGGUAUCGCAAGUCUGCCGUAUUCUUCCUCCCACCAAGCUGGUUCGGUCCGCUCACCUGGUGGCUUUCUUUCCCUUUCGCACCCGCGGGUUCUGUGAGUUGUGGGGUAUGGCAGAUGGCGUGUAGGAGGGUGAUCAAGGUCGGGGAGCGUGUUGCGAAGGAACUGCUUUCAGGAUCAUCACACCCCGACGCUGUUCCGUCAGAGCAGAAGGUUGGUUCUGAUACUGAUAAGAAGAGCGACUGACUUUCGUGUAUAUAUUACUGUGACCACUUGUCCAAAAAUAGCCUACAGUUGAACCUGAUUCUGACAUCAUUUGGCUUUGCAAUUCUAGCAUUCUAAUGGCCAACUUGGGAUCCGGAAGUGUAUGUACGGAGUAAGCAGGGAAUCCGACUCUCGGGUUCGGUUUUCGGUUCCAACUUCUCGCCAAGAUCGCCCGUUAUGGUUCCAAGUAGAUUCCAACGACCUUCCCAGUCCUCAAAUGAACGGAACACCGAGUGAAGACCUGAACUGUGGCUCGGAGAGGAUACGGAGCAGCAAAGAGCAGCCUUAGGGGGAGUUCCGGGGUCCUCCGCUGGUUCCGAGGUCAAUCGACACGUGAAAUAUCACA